AUGUGCGGCAUCUUUGGCUAUGCCAACUAUGGCGUCGGCCAGCCCAUCCAGGCCAUUCUCGACACUCUGUUCGAUGGCCUGCAGCGCCUCGAGUACCGGGGCUAUGACUCAGCCGGCGUCUGCGUGGACGCGCCGGCCGGUGAGCCUGGCGCCAGGUGCCCUCUGGUGAUCAAGCACCAGGGCAAGAUCUCAGAUCUGAGGGUGCGCGCCGCCGAGGUGCUGGAGGAGAACACGCUCUUUGCCGGCGAGCUGUACUCCACGCACGUCGGCAUCGGCCACACGCGCUGGGCGACGCACGGGCCGCCGAACGCAACCAACAGCCACCCGCAUGUGAACGGGCCGGACGGCGAGUUUGUUGUGGUGCACAACGGCAUUAUCACCAACCACGCCACCCUCAAGCCGUUCCUGGCGAAGAACGGCGCCGUGUUCGUGAGCGACACCGACACCGAGGUGGUGCCCCACCUGUGCGAGUACCUCUGGAAGAAGCGCGGUGGCAAGGUCUCCCUCGGCCAGCUGGCCAUGGAGGUGUGCAGCCGCCUGGAAGGCGCGUACGCGCUGCUGAUCAGGAGCGCCCGCUACCCCAACGAGCUUGUGGCCUGCAAGCAGGGCAGCCCCCUGGUUUACGGCCUCAAGCGCCGCGACCCCGCCGCCGCCAACGGCGCGACCAACGGCGACGCCACCGGCCGUGACCAGGGCGGUGCCGUCAGCAGCGCGUCGCGCCUGAGCGCGUCGCUGCUGGGCGCGGGCGGCGCCGGCACGGAGUUCUGGCUGGCGUCUGACAGCGCGGCGCUCCUGACGCACACGCGCGAUGUGGUGGUCCUGGAGGACGGUGACCUGCUGCACGUGGACGCCUACGGCCGCCCCCACGUGUUCAACUCCCUGGCCAUGACGUCACGCACCCUGGCCAAGGCUGACAUGGCCGACCUGGAGGUGAAGAGGGAGGGCCGCAAGAUCGAGGCCGAGGUGGAGUCCAUCAUGAAGGGCGGUUACGACCACUACAUGCAGAAGGAGAUCCACGAGCAGCCCAAGACCCUGGCUGACACCAUGAGGGGCCGCGUCGUUCUUGACGGCAAGCCCUUCAAGCCGGUCAAGUCCUCCGCCCCCGACGUUAUCUUCUCGGGCCACUUCAUUGACCCCUGCGAGUCCGCCAGCCUCUUCUCCGGCUCCAACAUCGCGGCCGCCAGCGGCGCGGAGGGCGGCUUCGAGCUGCCGUCGCGCAUCGGCGGCAAGAAGGCGCGCGCCAAGGAGCCGACGCCCGCCGGCGCGCUGUUCAGCGGCGCGCUGCUCGGCGCCGCCGCGGCCGCGACUGCGGCGCCCGACAAGGCGGCGGCGCCUGCUUCCGCCGGCUUCAUGGAGGAGGGCAUCCCCGCCGCGGGCGAGAGCGAGCCCUUCAUCAAGCUGGGCGGGCUGUCGGACCACGUCGAGGGCAUCCUGCGCUGCCGCCGCAUCGUGUUUAUUGCGUGCGGCACGAGCUACCACGCGUGCCUGGUGGCGCGCAAGACGCUGGAGGAGUUUGCGGCGAUGCCCGUGGUCGUGGAGCUGGCGGGCGACUUCAUGGACCGUGAGGCGCCCGUGUUCCGCGAUGACACGUGCGUGUUUGUCAGCCAGAGCGGCGAGACCGCCGACACCCUGAGGGCCCUCGAGUACGCCAAGGCCAAGGGUGCGCUGUGCGUGGGCAUCACCAACACUGUGGGCAGCGCCAUCUCCAACGCCACGCACUGCGGUGUGCACCUGAACGCGGGCUUCGAGAUUGGAGUCGCCUCAACCAAGGCCUACACUUCCCAGAUCGUGGCGCUGACAAUGAUGGCGCUCCUGCUCGGCGCCGACUCGCGCGCCAAGAUGCCCAAGCGCAUCGCCGCGAUGCGCGCGCUGGCACGCCUCCCCGACGACGCGCGCGAGGUGCUGGAGCUGGACGCCAGCAUGCACAAGCUUGCUGAGCAGCUGAAGGAUGCGCAGAGCCUCAUCUUCUUUGGGCGGGGCUACAACUUCUCGACAGCUCUCGAGGCCGCGCUCAAGGUCAAGGAGGUGGCGCUGAUCCACUCCGAGGGCAUCAACGCCGGCGAGAUGAAGCACGGCCCCCUGGCCCUGGUGGACGAGAACCUGCCCAUCGUGGUGAUCGCCACCCAGGACGCGAUGCACCGCAAGAUGGAAUCAGUCAUCCAGCAGCUGCUGGCCCGCAGCGCCAAGCUCGUCAUCCUCUGCAACACUGGCGACGACGCUAUGACCCAGUUUGAGGGCCGCGGCUGCACCCUCAUCCGCGUCCCGCGCACCGUUGACGCCCUGCAGCCCAUCAUCAACAUCAUCCCCCUGCAGCUGCUGUCGUACCACCUCACCACUCUGCGCGGGUUCAACGUGGACCAGCCGCGCAACCUGGCCAAGAGCGUCACCGUCACGGAGGACUGA